AUGAUUGAUACGGCUCCACUAAUUGAAGAGGAAAAGAAUGAUACAGGAGAGGAUUACCGCCUUGGAGGUAGAUCUCCAAUUGUUACAAUUUUUACAUUAUUAGCCGGUCCUCUUCUUUCUCAGCUUAUUAACGCAUUUUAUGGCAUUGUCAAUACAAUUUGGAUAUCUAAAGGAAUUGGUGAUCAGGGGCUUGAAGCUUUAUCCUCGUUAUUCCUUUAUGAUAUGAUUAUAUUUUCUUUUGGGAAUUUAUUAAUUGUUUCAACUAGUUCGCAUAUUUCAUAUCUUUUUGGUCGUAAAACACCUGAUGAUUGUAAUCAGCUAAUUGCAGACUUAAUUCGUGUUGCAAUCAUUUUAGCUAUUAUUUAUCCAUCCAUAGUGAUCCCUACAACAUAUCCGCUUGUCAAAUGGCUUGCUGAGUCAUCUAUAAUUGCUCAUGAAGCAUUCAAAUACGAACUUAUAUCUACAGGGUGCUGCAUUGUGCCAUUCAUAUUUUAUGUCCUUUGUGGAUUGUUGCAGGGUGAAGGGCGUACAUGGAUGUUUGGUGCUAUGCAAGUUCUUUCUUUAAUCUUAGAUAUGGGGUGCUUCUUACCAUUAUUUGUAGUCAAGUUGCAUUUUGGAGUUUGGGGUGCAGCCCUUUCACAAAUUAUUGCUCAAUCUGUGCCAACAAUAAUACUUCUGAUUCUUUUGAUUGCAGGAAAGCUUUCCUUAAAAAUCAAAUUUUCAAUGUUUUUCAGAAAAUUUGGAACAGAGACAAAAAAUGCAUUAAAAGUUUGA